AUGAGCCAGGACUAUUUCACCGGCAAGGGCAAGGCGCCGCUGCGCUCAGAGCCAGAUCCCGAUCCCGAUGUCGACGCGCCAAAGGACUCGGAGCCUCCAUCCUCCUCGACUCGACCACAAUACAUGACUGUUGGCACCGGGUCAACAUCUGAACACGCGGCACGAUUACAGAAUAUGUUAGAUGUUGAUUCCGGUUAUGGCGGAAGUGUUACCGGUGAAGAUCACCACAUGCCUAUGCCGCCGUCGGCCAACUCGACAUCUGGCGCAUCGAAUCAUGCUGCUCGAGACCAAGCGAGCGCCGGACAUCAGAUGUGGUACUACAAACAGCGGGCAAUACUAGGCAGGUCGAUUAACAAGGUCAUGGACUUAUUACAGAGCCUUCAGCAAAUGAACACUGAAUGGCCAGCUCAUUAUCCGACCACAAGACCAGCGGACACAACGAACCCUGACCGACCAGGAAUAGGGCGCACGUAUUCGGUUGCCGGCGAUGCUGCCAGUUCCUCGUCGACCACCGCCCAGCCUCCAUCACUAAUGCGAUCUCUGACUUCUGUUGAUACUUCUGCCUCUGCCGAGUCCAGUCGCGCUGCCGAAAAUCGAUCAGCCCCCGAACCUAGACUCGUUUCUCCCCAAAUCGCUCAGGAGCUUUCUAUUUUGAAGUUGGAUUUGAAACUAGGGGCUCUGCAUCAAGCCGAGCUCGUGCACUCUUUGGAGAAGAGCUCGAUUGCCUCUCUGUUAGAUGGCAAGAUUGGCUCCAGCAUAAAGCAUCUCCUGUCAUUGCGUGAGCGCAUCGAAGACACCUCCAGCAAAGUGCUCAUCACUGGUGACCUGAACGCAGGAAAGUCGACGUUUUGCAAUGCUUUAUUACGGCGCAAAGUCUUGCCAGAGGAUCAACAACCAUGCACCGCCAUAUUUUGCGAAGUUCUGGAUGCGAGAGAAAAUGCAGGAAUCGAAGAAGUGCAUGCAGUACACAAGGAUUGCGCUUAUAACCGACAUGACGAAUCAACCUACGACGUAUUCUCUUUAAUCGAAUUAGAAAAGAUUGUAUCGGACAACGACACUUACACGCAAUGCAAAGUCUAUGUGAAGGAUAUCCGGACCGUGGAUGAAUCACUUCUCAAUAAUGGAGUUGUCGACAUUGCGCUCAUUGAUGCCCCUGGGCUCAACUCAGACACUACCAAGACGACUGCCAUUUUCGCCAGACAAGAGGAAAUCGAUGUGGUUGUAUUCGUUGUCUCAGCCGCAAACCAUUUUACACAGUCGGCCAGGGAGUUCAUCUGGGCAGCAGCUGCAGAAAAGGCCUAUCUGUUCAUUGUGGUCAAUGGUUUCGACAAUAUCAGAGACAAGGAUCGCUGCCAGAAGCUCAUUCUGGACCAGGUCUCUGGACUGAGCCCACGUACUCACAAAGAAUCAUCAGAUCUGGUUCACUUCGUAUCAAGCAACGCCAUUCCAGCUGCAACAGGGCCAGCACCACCACGAGGGCCGGGGGGAAGUGGAGGCGGCAGCUCCAGUGGUGGAGGUGGAGGCGGUGAUGAUCCGAGCGAUGAUGGAGGAAAGGGCAAGGGCAAAGACCUGGACAAAAUUCGAGACUUUGAGGCUCUGGAAGCAUCACUACGUCGAUUCGUUCUCGAGAGAAGGGCGAGGUCCAAGCUUGCUCCUGCCAAGACGUAUCUUUUGAACAUUCUCAACGAUGUCCACACCCUGGCGCAGGUGAAUGAAGAAGUCGCUCAGUCGGAAAUCGACAGAGUUACAGCGGAGCUCAAGGAAAUCGAACCUCAACUCGCUUCAAGUCAAAAGGCCGUGUCAGAGGUGGGCGAUCAAGUGGAUCGAAAUAUUGAGGAGACAUGCCGUGAUGUGUAUGACCACACUCGGGCUGAAAUCAACGCCGCCGUCACUCAAGCCGGCAAGACGAACUAUAAUGUCCCAUACCCCGGCAUCUUCGGUGCCUUUAGCUACGCCGACGAUAUCAAAGAAGCGAUGCUCUCCCAUAUCACCAAUGCGGUCACUCGGAGUGAGGAAUAUGGCAGGAGCAAGAGUGUUCAUGGCGUCAAUACUAUCAAGCAACUUGGCCUCCUACAUGUUGGAGAUGAGUUCCAGAACCUCCAAUUCCGGCCAGACGUCAUGUUCCGAAGAAAACGGGAUGCUCUUGCACGCCAAGUGCACAUUCCAACUGAACUGUGGGACUUUGUGGACUGGUCAACUCUGCUGCAGCGCCAGGAGAAAUUUGCCGGCACCGGCAUGGCUCUGACAGUGGCGGGUGCUGUUGUACCUCGAAUGAUUGGCAUGGGCAACUGGAUGGAUCAAGCUCUGCUUACUACCAGGGUGCUGGGCAAUGAGAAUCUACGACAAUUGAUCGUUCCUGGAAUUGUCAUUGCUGCCAUCGCUGGAGCCGCCUACGUUCUACAGCAGAUUCCCAACUCCCUCCCACCCAAGUUAGCCACCAAGAUUUCCUCACAACUAGCCGAACUCGACUACAUUCACGCAAACUCAUCUCGUAUCUCUUCAUCAGUCCGCAAAGUCCUACGUUUCCCCGCCGACAGUCUCCGCGUUAGUCUCGACCAGAGUGUGAAGGAUUUAGGUAACCGACGAGACGAGGCUGACAAGGUUCGGCACGAGAGCGAGGAAGCAGCGAAAUUCUUCCACGAACUCGUGGGUCGAAGUCAAGUGCAGAGAAGCAUGGUUGAGGCUGUGGACUUGGAGACGCCGGAAUUGCACUGA